AUGGGCGGUGUCCUGGGGCGCCCCAGUCGGGGCCUCCCGGAUAACCCCCGCUACCUCCCGCCCGGACGAUACGUCAGGGACGUACGCGACGGCGACGUGCUCGUGCUCUGCUCCGCGGACGCGCCCCUGAACCUCACCGUCGUCCCCGGGCGACACCCCGACGACGAUGGCGCAUGGCUCGGGACUUCAAACGAACGCGGCGAGAACGACCCCGAGUACGCCCUCGUCCGCGGCGCGUCCGCGGGCGCCGGCGGCCUGGUCGGGAGCGUGGUGGUGGACAUGCGAGGACGCUGGGCGACGCUUCGAUCGCCCGCGGCGGGGGAUCGGUACCUCCUCGUCGACGAGCUCGCGCGAGCCCGCGACUUCGAGCGUCUCGAGAGCACGGGGCGACGAGGAGGCGCGUCGUCAUCCGCGCGAGGGGAUCGCAACCUCAUGGGACUGCGCUUCCGCGAGCGGCGCCGCGCGCGACGAUCCGCGUGCUGGGGGGUCGAGCACCUAGGCGAGGGCGACCGCGCGAUCGUCAUCCUGCGCAACCGCGAAACUCCCGAGCUCUGCCUCCGCGCGGUGGGUCCCCAUCCCAGGACCAAAUCCGCCGCGGCGGUGGUGCUCGCCGACUUUCUCCGCGAGGAGCUCGCGUCGCAGAUGGAGACGCGCGCGCGGCUCCUGGCGUUGGAGCGGUCCAUCGACGUGGAGCGGGACGUCGCGCUGGAGAAACUCGUCGCCAUUCGCCGCGAACACUUAGCCAAGUCGCGGGCGCUGGUUCACGCGCGACGCCGCGAGGGCAUGCUCGACGCGGAACAAUUCCUCGACGGCCUCACCGGCGUGGUGGACGCCCUGCGGGAUCAGGUGAAGGGCGCGAGCGCGGAGCCGUUCAACGCGGGGUCCGGGGGGACGAGGGGGAACGCGAGGGGGGGGAACGCGAGGGGGGCGCGCGGCGCGCUCGGGUUUGGAAUCGACGACGACGACGACGACGACGAGGAAGAAGCGGCGGGCGCGUCGCCCCAAUCGGACGACGCCGCCUCGCAUCGGGCGAAACACCGCGGUCCGAACCGUCCAUCCUCUGGACGGUCCAAACCGCCUCCCACCGCCGCGCCGACCGAGGGUUGGCGCGUAGACGCCGACCACCUCGCGAGGGUGAGCAAGUGCUGGGACCUCGACGUCGUCGAAUUUCGCGAGCGGCUGAGGGAGCGCGACAUCGACGACGACGCGGUGGCGAGUUUACAGGAGGCGAUCCGCGAGAGCGCGUACGAGCACUUCGUGGUGACGGGCAUGCGACGGUACCUGCUGAACCGGGACGGGGCGGGCGACGGGUGGGAGGGUGGCGGCUUUGGGGAGGAUUCGGAAGACGAAGACGACGCGGUCGACGACGACGCUUCGAUGAUGACCGGGUCCAUCGUCAGCUCUCCCGGCUCGCGAAGCGUCGUGUCCAGGAUAUCCAGCGGCGAUAACCUCGCGAAGCGCGCCAAGGCGGAGGAGAGGCGGGAGCGCAGGGCGGCGCGAAGGGCGGCGCUCAGGGCUCGCAUCCGCGCGGGUGGCGCGGCGGUUGAUUUUCGCAGGUUCAAGGUUGGAAGCCUGCGGGAUCAGCUCGAGCGCAGCGGCGUGGACUCCGGGCCGCUGGCGAUGCUGGUGCACUCGCUGGCGCACGCGAUGCGCGAGGGUAGGCCCAAGAAGCGGCGGGGCGGGUUCCUCGGUCGUCUGGCUCGGAACAUACUCCGCGGGAGCGACUCCUCAGACGACGACGAGCAGACGAAAGACAAGCGGGGCGACGCCGCCGCCGGGGGACGGGCGAAGAAGCCGCCCUCGGAGACGGAGGACGACGGGGACGCCAUGGACGGGGACUCGUUCGUUCGCUCGGGUGAAACCUUCCGAACCGUGUUGGCGCAGGAGAAACUGUCCACUUUGUCCGGCUUUGUCCGCGCGGAGGAGCGUGUUCGCGGGGAACACGCGACGACGUACGAGCAUCGCGCUCCCGUCGCCGCCGGGCCGGGUCUGGACGCCGCGAGGGUUCGACGCGACGCCCUCCGCGCCGCCGCCGCCGCCGCGGCGAACGCCGCGCGCGACCUCCGCGCGAAUCCGUCGCACGACCCGGAGACGGCGGCUGUGGUCAAUUUCGUCGGCGGGCUCUCGCUCGACGACCUCCGGCAGGAGCUGGAGGGGCACUCGCUGCUGGCCAGGGGCCUCGACGAGUGCGUGGAGGCGCUCCUGGAGACGGAGUGGGUCGGGGGCGUCGACGGGUACGUGGAGCGCAGGGGCGAGCGCGAGCGCGCGCUGCGACACAUCACCGUGGACGCCUUUCGAAAACGGUUGGAACGGCACGGAUUGGAAGGGAGCAUGCUCGAGCUGAACCUGGUGACGAACGCGCUCGCGAGGACGCUCGUGGACGAGGGAGCGGCGAGGGUGGCCAACGCGGAGAAGAGGCGGCUCUCCAGCGGCGCCGCGCUGACCAACGCGUCGCCCAGGCAGCCCAAGACGCCGAGGCCGACGCGAAUCGCCGGGUCGUAG